CUAGUCAAUUGUGAAUUUUAAUUAGUUGGAGUUUGUAGAUUAGAUAAAUAUCUUGUCCAAGAAAAUUCAAAUUAUCCACGAUGUCCGACAACGAACUGCAAAUAAGAAAACUGAAACUUGCAAUGGCACCUUACCGAGAACUCGUUUUGAUUUUGAACCGUGUUUUUUUGUGGGACAAGCAGUGGCAUUCAACAGCUAUUUUGGCAGGCAGCAGCACAGUAUUUACCAUAAUCUGGCUUUGCAACCCAAACGUAAUGUCCAUUAUAGCCUUUAUGUGUAUCAUCGCGACUCUGCUAGACUUCUUCCUUAAUCCACUGCUGUCUUUCCUAUUCAAGCCUCAAGUGUGGACUGCCGAUAAACAAGACGAAUUCGACGACGUUUGCACCACCGUGAUUUUGUACAAAGUCAAUACCGAACUGUUUAUGACUUCUUAUUAUAGAAUGAGAGUUACCAAUCCACGAAUGUACUUCACCAUCACAGUACUCAUUCUCUGCAUCUUGGCUUGGCUUGGCGGAAGCGUGGAUAACAUGUUUCUUACCUACAUGGUCACCACAUUUUUCCUAAUGAUGCCGGGCAUGCAGCGUCAUGGAUUGCUUGCUCCCAUCUCCAAACCGUUCUCCCAGAUUUCCAAUAUGUUGAUUGAAAAUGCGAAAUUUAGGGUGGAACAAAAGGAAGAUUGAAGAUUCAAUAAUUAUUUUAGUUAGUGAUUUGUGUUUAGUAGUUACCAUGUAUCUGUACUUUGAAUUUGAGUUUUGUUGUUUAUUCUAAUGGCCAAUGUCCUUAUUAAUAAUUUUAGGAAGUGAUAUAUAUUCCAGGUAUUCUGUCGAUCUGAACAAACUGAUUGUAAUCACAUACACACAAGGUUUGUUUAUGAGGCGCGUUCAGCGUUCAGAUCGAAAGAAUACCUCUAUUAUGUAUAUUGAUUUGUCUUUGACUCAAAUCGGUAAUUUGGUUUAAUAUGGAAUUGCUUG